AGUGUAUUUUUAUUUGUUAUUGGAGAAAGCCAAAUCCUCGUUUUCUCAUGGCAGUUGUCGACGGGAACAAAAACUGAACUCCGCUUCUAAGAUCUUCGACGGAGAAACUUCAGAUCUGAUCGGAGAUCGAUUUCAAAUUUCUCCAUUCUAAUUUCUGUUUCUCGAGAGAGUGAAAAGCGAGAGAGCACAACAAGGAAGGAGAAGAAGAAGAAGAAGAAGGAAACAUGGAGGAGUUCUUAGAUAAGUUGCCGCAGAUGGAUCUGAUGCGUUCGGAGAAGAUGACGCUUGUUCAGCUUAUCAUCCCUGUUGAGUCCGCUCACCGCUCCAUCACUUAUCUCGGCGAACUCGGACUCUUGCAGUUUCGCGACCUAAAUGCUGAUAAAAGUCCCUUUCAGCGGACAUUUGCUAAUCAGGUAAAACGGUGUGGUGAGAUGUCUAGGAAGCUGCGGUUUUUUAAAGAUCAAAUUGAUAAAGCUGGGCUAAGAUGUUCACCACGCCAUGAAAUAGAACCGGAUAUUGAACUUGGUGAUUUAGAGAGACAACUUGCUGAUCACGAGCAUGAGGUACUGGAAAUGAAUUCGAACAGUGAAAAGCUUCGGCAGACAUAUAACGAACUCCUAGAAUUCAAAAUAGUUCUUCAAAAGGCAAGUGGUUUCCUGGUCUCAAGUAAUGCACAUGCAAUUGGAGAGGAAACAGAACUACAUGAAAGUACCUACUCAAAUAACGGUUUUAUUGAGACUGCCUCUUUGCUUGAGCAGGUGGAGAAAAUUGUAUUUGUGGUAUUCUUUUCUGGGGAACAAGCAAGGACGAAAAUAUUGAAAAUAUGUGAAGCAUUUGGUGCAAAUUGCUAUCCUGUCCCUGAGGAUACGACAAAGCAGAGGCAGCUUACGAGAGAAGUUUUAUCCCGACUCUCGGAUUUGGAAGCCACACUAGAUGCUGGAACUCGCCAUCGGAAUAGUGCACUUAAUUCUGUUGGUUAUAGCUUGACUAAUUGGAUGACGACGGUUCGGAGAGAAAAAGCUGUUUAUGAUACGCUGAAUAUGCUAAAUUUUGAUGUAACCAAGAAAUGCCUUGUUGGUGAAGGUUGGUGCCCCACAUUUGCUAAGACCCAGAUUCAUGAGGUCCUGCAGCGAGCCACUUUUGACAGCAAUUCACAGGUGGGCGUUAUAUUUCAUGUAAUGCAAGCAGUAGAAUCACCUCCUACCUAUUUCAGAACGAACAAACUUACAAAUGCAUUCCAGGAGAUUAUUGAUGCUUACGGUGUUGCGAGAUAUCAAGAGGCAAACCCUGCAGUUUAUUCAGUUGUCACAUAUCCCUUUUUGUUUGCUGUUAUGUUUGGGGAUUGGGGUCAUGGUCUAUGCUUGCUGCUAGGAGCGUUGUAUCUUCUUGCUCGUGAAAGAAAGUUGAGUACGCAGAAACUUGGAAGCUUUAUGGAGAUGCUUUUUGGAGGCCGCUAUGUAAUCUUACUGAUGUCACUAUUUUCAAUAUAUUGUGGGCUUAUCUACAAUGAGUUCUUCUCUGUACCUUUCCACAUCUUUGGUGGCUCAGCUUACAAAUGCAGAGAUACUACUUGUAGCGAUGCUUACACGGUUGGUUUGGUCAAGUACCGUGAUCCAUACCCUUUUGGCGUAGAUCCUAGUUGGUAUGGAAGUCGCUCCGAACUGCCUUACCUAAACUCUCUUAAGAUGAAGAUGUCUAUUCUGCUGGGAAUUGCACAGAUGAAUCUGGGACUGAUAUUAAGUUUCUUCAAUGCCCGCUUCUUUGGCUCUUCAUUGGACAUAAGGUAUCAGUUUAUACCUCAGAUGAUAUUUCUUAACAGCCUAUUCGGCUACCUUUCACUGCUCAUCAUCAUCAAGUGGUGCACGGGAUCUCAAGCAGACUUGUAUCAUGUAAUGAUCUACAUGUUUCUGAGUCCCACUGAAGAACUUGGAGAAAAUGAGUUGUUUUGGGGCCAGCGUCCACUUCAGAUUCUGUUAUUGCUUUCGGCAUUCAUCGCGGUCCCAUGGAUGCUUUUUCCAAAACCCUUUGCCCUCAGGAAAAUUCACAUGGAGAGGUUUCAAGGUCGAACUUACGGGGUUCUUGGUUCUUCUGAGGUGGAUCUUGAUGUAGAACCAGACUCCGCUAGAGGAGGCCAUCACGAAGAAGAGUUUAACUUCAGCGAGAUUUUUGUACAUCAAUUGAUUCACUCCAUAGAAUUUGUUCUAGGUUCAGUUUCUAACACAGCAUCUUACCUACGUCUUUGGGCUCUUAGUUUGGCUCAUUCGGAAUUGUCGACAGUCUUCUAUGAGAAAGUUCUUCUUCUUGCCUGGGGGUAUGAAAACAUAUUGAUCCGGUUAAUCGGAGUAGCGGUAUUUGCGUUUGCAACAGCGUUUAUACUUCUGAUGAUGGAAACACUAAGUGCAUUUCUUCAUGCUCUGCGUCUUCACUGGGUUGAAUUCAUGGGGAAGUUCUUCCAUGGAGAUGGUUACAAGUUCAAGCCUUUUUCUUUCGCUUUAAUCUCAGAUGACGAUGAAUAAAACCGUAAAGUCCUCAGCCAUUUGCACAUCCCACUUUCCCAAAAUCUUCCCCAAAAAAUAUAUAUAUAUAUAUAGAAGAAAAUUGGCUUUUUCCAAAACCCCCAAAACUCAUUAUACGGUAACUCCUCUGCUUCAUCUUUUUUUUUUUUUUUUUUUUAAACUCUUUAACCGAAUCCUUCAAAUUGGUAUUUGUUAUGCCGUAGUAGUUAAUGUCAGAAGUGGACAAGUUAGAUCACUUUUCGAGUGUUUUUCUUUAUCACUUUUCGAGUAUUUUUCUUUUCUUAUUUCGAUUUUAAUAUAUAUAUAUAUACAUACAUCCCUGUCAUGGAAUUUUUGGAGGUUUGAGAUAUAAAUGAAAUUUAUGGAACCAUAUGUAGGCAA